GUUGGGUGGUGACUUGGGAGACACAUUUGCCCACGGCAUUCCUAUUGGUUUAUUGGUGACGUGAUGACACGGAGGAGUUGGGCUUAACACUUUAUAAAAGCUUCUCUGUCCGCGGCGAGCCACUCUUUUAAAGACCUCUGUUGCUGAAACUUCGCGUACUGGAAGCUGCCGAGAAAGCUCGACGUUACCGUCCAUCAUGAGCGAGAGACAAGGACCCGGAGCAGCUGCUGGCAACAACAAGACAUCUGGAGCACAAGAUGCGUCCAAGACGGACCUCCCAGAGGACUUUGACAUCGACAUGGAAAACCCGGAGACCGAGAAGGCCGCUGUCGCCAUCCAGUCCCAGUUCAGGAAGUUCCAGAAGAAGAAGCGCGUUGAGAAGUCCUAGUGAGCGCCACGCUGCUUUGCCACUGUGUGUGGAGACGGCUGGUGGAAGCGACGGCACAGUGACGAUGGUGUGACAUUUGCAUGUAAACAAAUUCAUACCUGUUGGAACUCCAGGGGUUGUGAUGGGGUUUGGGGGGGGGGAGAGAAUGAAAUAGCCUGUUUAUCAUAUGACAUGUCUGUGAAUUUUCAUUAUCCUAUUAUUAUAAUAAUUUAUUAUUUGACUGCUGUAUCAAUAAGUAAGUAACAGAAAGAUCUAGAAAGAAAAUCUGUCCCAUGUAUCAUGAAGUCUAGCUGGUGUUUGUGUUAGAAUAUGUUUUUGUACUUAUCCCAGCCUCAGUAGUUAUAACUACAACAGCCCUUUCUGUACUGCUCAGGACUAC